CAGUAGAUGUUCCCGCGUUUGAUAAUGAAAAGACAAAUGAAUAUGUGCUCGAUUUGUUGAUAGUGUAUCGUUUAUGUUUUGAGGUGUGGUGUGUUUAGUUUUAUUAAGAUGGGGCAACUAGAUAACCCCGAUGAAAACACUUUGAAACGUUAUGAGGAUCUUUGUGUUAAUUUAAAUAUGGAUAGAGAUUCCGCAGACGAAGCUUGGCGAAGCUACGAGACAAUCCGUCAAAAUUACACUUUGGAGGGGGACCAGAUCCACUGGCUGGGGUGCGCCCUGUACGUGGCGUGUCGCCGGUCAUCCUUCCCGAUCAUCGGGCCGCCGGGCAUCGUGGUGCAGGGCAACUGCGUGAGCCUCACCCGGCUGCUGCGACUCUGCAAGUUCAGCCUCAUACAGUUCUUCAAUAAAAGCAAGAAAUGGGCUGACAUGGCAAAUAUACCAGCCGAAUUUCGUAGCAAAAUUGAUCGCCUAGAAAGAAAUUUUGUUGUUUCAAUGGUUAUUUUCAAAAAAUUUCAACCAAUAUUUAUUGACAUGUUUCGCAACCCUGCAGAUGAUCAGCCCAGGCAGUCUAAGUCACGAAAACAAAGGAACAUACCAUGCUCACCCUCAAAAGUGUUUGACUUUUGCUGGACACUGUUUGUUUGUGUGAAGGGGGAGUUCCCUGAUAUUAGCGAUGAUCUAGUCAACUCCUAUCACCUGCUGCUCGCUUGUUGUGAUAUGAUAUUUUCGAAUGCAGUAAUGGCUCUGAAGCGAGAUAUACUGAACCCACAGUUCCCAGGUUUGCCAAAUAAUUUUUUCGAUGAGAAUUUUGUCCUGCCAAGUGAACCACCAUGUGUCAUCGACCAGUUGUGUCAGACACAUGAUGGCAUACCUCUGGAAGCCAAGAGCAUCAAAGAAUACACAUGGAAGAGCCAUAUUCGUACUUUGAUUGGUAAAAAGAGUCUUAAGGGUGACCCAGACACACUUUGUGGAUUGUUGGAGCCUGGCAAUUUCGAGAACAACUGCAAAGCUAUUAACAAAGCAUACGAAACAUUUGUUCUAAAUGUUGGUGACUUUGAUGAAAGAAUAUUUUUAGGGGAUGAUGCGAAUGCAGAUAUUGGCACGCCCACCAAGAUCUGCAGCAGUGGUGAGUUCGCUGAGAAACUGCAGGCCAAGAAGAACCUGAACCAGCAGUACGGAGGGAUGAAGCAGCUGGCGCCGGCGACCCCGCUGACGGGCCGGGAGUUCCUGAGAGGGAAGGACGCGCAGCAGGACGUGACGCCCAUGUCCACGGCCACCCAGAACGUGAGCCGGCUGCACGCGAUGCUGGCGGGGAGGCAGGCGGCGCCCAGCGAGCUCCUCGUCUCCGUCUUCAGGGGGUGCGCCCGCGACCCCCAUGACAAGAUCAGGGAGCAGGUGAAGGAGAUGGGCCAGCAGUUCUACACGCGCUACACGCAGCAGUCGGACAGGAACUGCCCCUCGCACAUUGACUUCCCCCACAAGCGCCUCCAGCUGGGCGAGUCCCUGUACUACAAGCUGCUAGAGAACAUCCUCGUGGACGAGCGCAAGAAGAAACCCCCCAACUUUGAUUUCAGCGGGCUGCUGGAGCAAGAGAUUUUCCACCAGACUUUGUUUGCGUGUUCAUUGGAGAUUGUAAUAUAUUCGUACAACUCUCACUGGACAUUUCCCUGGAUACUGGAAGUGCUGAACCUUGAGCCAUAUCACUUCUACAAGGUCAUAGAGGUCAUAGUACGUGUGGAGGACCAGCUGUCUCGGGAUAUGGUCAAGCAUCUGAACCUGAUUGAAGAGCAGAUCCUGGAGUCGCUGGCGUGGCGGGGGAACAGCCCGCUGUGGGAGAACAUCAAGGCUUCCGGUCAGCUGGUGCCGAGCUGCGAGGAGGUCUGCCUGCCAGCCCAGCUCGAUGACAGUUCUGCCAACUUGAAGCAGGCGGUGCGGCGUCUUGUGCUCGAUGCAACACAAGGCGGGGCCCCGCAGCUGCCUGUGACCUCGGCUUCCGACAGGUUCCAGUCGCCUGUUCCGUCUGGCCAGGCCAAGAAGAAUCUGUUUGGAGACUCUGCGCUUCGGCCGAAAAUAAAACCUGGUCAGUCUCUGCUGCAGCCAGCCAAGACCGUGUCUAUUAACAUACAUACCAUCGAAGGUGAGAAUGGGCAGCGCUAUAUACCCGUAUCGUACGUGCCAAACGCAGGGAGCGUCAUAAUACAGGCCCAGCCCGCUGGGGCAGUGCGGCCGGAGGCCACCGCCCAGGAGACGAAGCCCGACCAAACUGCCUUGCCUGCCAAACAAGAUGGCGUCCCAGAGAAGAAGCCGAAGAGGGCGGGUUCCCUCGGGCUGUUCUUCCGCAAGUUCUACCACUUGGCAUCGGUGCGCAUGCAGGAUCUGUGCAUGCGGCUGGAGAUCUCGGACAGGGAGCUGAAGAAGAAGAUAUGGACCUGUUUCGAACACACCGUAGUGGAGCACACCGAUCUCAUGGAGAACAGGCACCUGGACCAGAUACUGAUGUGUGCCGUGUACGUCAUCUGCAAGGUGUCCCAGGUGGAGAAGACCUUCACGGAUAUCAUGCGGUGUUACCGGCUCCAGCCGCAGGCGGCGUCCCACGUGUAUCGCAGCGUCCUGCUCUACCCGAACAAGCGGCUGGAAUCCGGUGUGUCCAGCGACUCUUCGCCGUCCACGGUUGAGAACGACGCUUCUAGAGAUGAUCGGGUGAGCUCGUCCGGCACGCUCCCGGUCAGCCAGCCCCCGAGCGCCCCGCCCACGCCCACCCACCUCGCCGGCACCGCCAGCAGCUUCGAGUUCGGCCACCGCGGAGACCUCAUCAAGUUCUACAACACCGUGUUCGUGCAGAAGCUGCAGACCUUCGCGGUGCGGCUCUCCACCCGGGGCGUGCAGCCAGUAAAUGUUACCUUGUCUCCUAUCCCACUGGGUAAGAACCAGCCGGUGUCGCCCUGCCGGAGGGUGUCGGACAAGCAUCCAGUGUUUAUCCGCUCUUUAGAGCAGAAGAUGCUGCCCAGCUCUCCGACGCAGCCCCUUAGCUAUUGCUUCAGCAGAAGUCCGGCCAAGGAUCUGCAUGCGAUCAACAACAUGAUCCAGAUCUCCAGCAACAAGGUUGGCAAGCGGCUGCUCAUAGACGACUCGUUGGAAGGCGAGAACGUCCCUGCCAAGUUGUCCAAAACAGUGUCCAAGAAGCUGCAAGAUCUCAUAGAUGAUAGAUUGGGCCAGUCGUAGUUUGGUCGGUCGUUCCUGAAAAUCUUGUGUGUGUAGUGUGCAACGUAAGCUGCAGAGUAUCACUUGAGUGUUUUCAUACACAUUAAUCAUAAACAGGUUUUAUGUGCAUGGUAUGACCGAGAAUGUAAUGGAAGUCGGAGAAUCAAUUAUAACACUCAUGUUAGCUAUUUAAAAUUCAUUCAGAAUUAUGUGGUAAUUAGUGACUGUUAAUUAUUUUAUUAUAGACUUUGUUUUUCAUAAUUUUUUGUUUGCAUUCUUUUGCAGAAUAAAUUGUGAUCAUGUUCUUAUAUUUGAAAGUGUGAUCAAAAAGUUUCUUUCAAGAAAACUUGAACUGAUGCUUUUAGUGCUUUACAUAUUUUUUCCUCCCAUAUACACUUAUUUGGAGUUUUAUUAACUAGAAACUUUACUACAGGUGUAUCAUUUAUUAUUAUAUUAACACAUAUACAACACUUUAAUGGCUCUGUUACACACCUGUAUUUAUUUUUUUAUGUAAUUCAUCUGCGAUGUUACAUAGACAUAGUGUGUCCAUUAUUUAUAUAUAGAUAAUUUAUAUAUCCUAGAAUGUAGUACUAUUAUGUCUUACAUUGAACAAGUGCAUCAUUUUUGUAUUGUUCUCUUAUGUACCUUUGACUUUGAUUACAGUUUUGACUUUUUGUUGGGUUUAUCCAUUUUAAUCACUCUGUAUUGUCACUUCCUGUGAUGUACUUUUUCAAUGUUUUCAUUGCUUGACAGAAUAUAAUGACUGAUUUAGUGAUUUGUGCUGCUUAAAUUUGCUCCUUUAGCAUUCCAAUUUAUUAUGGGUGUUCGAAGUUGACUUUUCUAGGGUCGCGUCGAAUUCUGAAUUGUCAAACUUCCGAAGUUAAAGUUAUAACAACUUUUCAACAAAAUAAUUGCAGUUUUUUUCAGUCUAAUAUCUGCACAUUUAAUUUUAAAAAUAAUAUUUUAAAAUUUCAAUAUUAGUGGCACACUGGUUUUGAGUAAAAAAUAUGUAAUGGAUUAUUUUGAUUGAAAUUUCAACAGUAUUAAAUGUUAACAGUAACUCAAGAGUAUGAAAUUAUUAAUAGAAAGGUGCUGAUUAUUUACAGUUUAUCCUGACCGAAAAGAAAAUGGUUGGAUUUGAAUGCAGGAAAACCAUUUCUUGUGCAUGAUCCAGCUAAAGACACAUUUUUCUGUGGUGAUGUUUCCAGCAGCAGAAGAUAAAUUCGCUGUUGACUUACGUUACAGAAAUGGGCAAAUAUUUUCCAGCUAGUUGAGAAAUUUUUGGAUAUCUACUGUCUCCGUAUGUUAUCCACCACUCACAUGGAUUUUCUUUCCUGUUAAGUUCAUUUAAAUAUGUACAGUUGUAUUUCUGAAUCCUGAGUAGCUGUGUUUCAUUUGAGACAUACUAUAGUGCAUUCCAGAAGCUUUGUGUGUCGGUACUCAUGCACUAUGGCUCAGGUUCAUACUUGGGCACAUGUUCAGCUUGCAAUUUCUUAACUUAGCUGACAGUGUGGCCGAAGCCAACACUGUAUCUGACAGAAAACUGCAAAAAUGAGAAUCAAUUAUUGUUCCCAAAUGAUACACACAUCUUCAGAAUACAAUGGAACUUCUCCAUAGUAGUUUUAAUUAAUGUUUUGGCAAAAAUAGUACUCUCAAUUUGUUUUUCCUUCCCAGUAAUUUAUUGCCAAUGAUUCUGAAUGCAGUGCAAUACUGGAAUAACCUUUGAAUGGGUUGGGUAUUUGUCACCACUUAUCUCUUCAGUUGCUUCUUCGAGUGGCUGAAGAAUUUCAACUGGUCCAUGAACGUGCCUCCACUUAUUUGCAUUGAGCAAGCUAAUCCCACUGUUAUUUAGUGCACAAUAACAUGUUGAUGCUACCAGGAUAGCCAACUGCUGUUAUUAGAAAUUCUUAAGAUGUAAAAUUGUUAAAAUGUAUAUAGAUAAUUCACAAUUGCCCUCUUUUGAUAGGAACUAUAAGUAAUCAAUGCAUGGCUUUUGUGUGUGUGGGAUGAAACAAAUCUUUCUGUUCAUACUUACAUAUUUACUGUUUUCUCAGUGCACGUAAAAAAAUUGAUGCAAAUGUACUUGGUUUUUUAUAUAUAAAUCAUGUCACGUUGGCCAGCCUUUAGGAAAUUGUAAACAUAAGAUUGGCACUGCUGACCACCACCACAAAUUUUAUUUCAUUUACUGUAAUAAAUAACAUCAAUCAUUGUUACGCCAGUGUUGAAUGAAGCCACACGACUAUAACUAGAGUCCCGUAAAAAUGGUUUUAUUUUUCCUUAAAUUUCGUUUUGAAAAAAUCAAAUUUCGGUUUUAUUUCGCUGUUUUGGUUUUUCAUGUUUACUUUAACUUUUGAGAAUGGUUUUAUGACCUACAAGUUUUGCUUGGCUAAAUAAUAGUGGCACGGCGUAUACUCGUAUACUGCACUCUAAAGUCAACACUAUUGGCAAAUAAAAAUUGUAGGCUUGAAACAGCUCGGCACGGCCCGGUGCCGCCUAGCGCGCUGCCUCGGCACGGCCCGGUGUCGCCUAGCGCGCUGCCUCGGCACGGCCCGGUGUCGCCUAGCGCGCUGCCUCGGCACGGCAUGUCUCAACUUAGUAUUCUUUUAAUAUUUCUUGCUGCUGUUCUUUGUCCCGUUGACGCCGUAUUCACUUGCUCUGCGGUCGUAUUGCAUUUGCUGAGAAGUGUAGUUACGGCAGUUAAAGGUCACUGAUUUUGCUUAUCAAUCGGCGUAGUGCCAUGUGUUCAUGUUUACGAGUAGUAGAGGUGUAAAAGUAACGAAAAAAAGUGUACCCGUAUGUAUUCGUUACUAUAACAAUUAGUACUCGUUACUAUCGUGUCGUUACGUUACUCGUUACUUCUGAUACCGCAUAACAUGCAAUGUUAUGUUGCAGCAACGAAUCGAGUCGUAUUGCGUACGCGUACAGUAUGACGUCACGUAAAUAAUAAUAAAUAGAAUAUAAACAAUUAACAAUAUUUGAUAAUUAACAGUUUUUGUUAACCAAGAAACAAUUAAAUCUCAUUAGAGCGGUUUUAUUAUAUUAUCUCUUUUAAGAUAAAAACAACAAAAAACGUGAAAAUACGCGAUAAUAAAUAACAAAAACAUACAUAUUUCUAAUUUGUAAAAAAUACUUUCUUAUAAACAGUAAAAAAAACUUGGACGACAAAUUUCCAUAUUAUACUUAAUAAACAAACAUCGUUCUUUGUAACGUAAAUUCAUCGAAUAUGCGCGCGCAUGCGUAAAACAUACGAAAAAUGCGAGUAACGAAAUCCAGCCGUGUGUAACGUUUCGUUACUCGAUACUAGAUGGCGCACCCGUUACUCAGUCAGUACCGAAUACAUACGGUUUGCUACACCUACAGCUCUAACGAGUAGGUUGCCAAGCCAGUCAAACGUAGUUGAAAGCAUGAGGUUGUUAACUGUUCAACAUGAAAGGAAGAAUUAAAAUUUUAUAUUUCUCUACAAGAUUAAUGUGUAAAUACAGCGGGUUGAAAAUCAUGGCAGCUAUAUUGUGUUGAAAACAUCGCCGGUAUUUUUUAUUAACUUUGUGUUGAUGCUCAGGUACAUUUUUCUCUUUUUAAUUAGUUUAUGAUUGCAAUUACUGCUUUCGUUUCAAAUUGUAAUGAUUACGUGACGGGAAUACUGUAAAUCAUUAUUUACUUUCAUUACUACAAAGCGGCCAUGUUGAAACUUAGAAAAAUGGCGAUGUGCCGUCAACGUCGUGUUUACUUGUUUUUCGCGAUGUCUUGCAUGGGUGGUCUAAUUCAUUAUUAUCAGUUUUAUUUCUCGAUGCUGUGCGAUUUCGGUGUUUUGUCGCGAAUUAAGGUAAAUUGUGGUGUUAUUUCGCGAUAUCGCGAUUCGCGAAAUUUCCGUGUCUCUAACUAUAACGUAUCAUUGAUGAUUCCUCUCAAAGAAAAUUCUGUGUUAACUUUGAAUCUGAGUCUGCAAGAUUCAUUUCAACUUUGAACAUCCAUAUAAUUUAUUAUUACAAUGUUACAAUCAUGACUUAUUAUUUCAUUUUGCUAUAAAAAAAAAUGCUCCUUUAGCAUGCUAAUUUAUUAUUACAAUCAUUAACCAAGCAAAUGUGAGUGGAAAGACUGCAAACAAGAUGUAAUUCAGUUGGUGGCACAUUGUACACACCAACACAGUUGAGAGCAUCUUUAAGCUUAAGUUGCUUAAUGAGUUUAUCAUAGCUCAGGAUUAUUGUUAUGAAUGUUUUUAGUUUAUUGUUGACAUUACAUGCGAAUUCUGUGAUAGAUGUUCUGCAAUAUUUAAAGUUUGUUUUGCAUUUCAUUGAACUUUUUGUUUCGGUUUAAGAUUUUUUUGUAAACUUCCCCAUUUGUAUGCAUUUUAGCAAAGUAAAAAUUUCUUUACUAGUUGACAUGUAUGUUUGUCUUUUUUAUUUUGCUGAAUCACUUAACAGAAUAUCAGGGUUUUUUUUUGUACUCAAGGUAAUCCAACAAAGCAAUUGCAUCACAGUUUGUUCAUAAGGUGAGACUAUUAUUUGAUCUAUUCUAUGCCAGACUUCCUCCUAAUGGUAAAGGUGUUGCAUUUUUUACAGUCUGGAGAACAUUCCAGUCAAUUCAGCUGUGCUGACUUCUGGUAGAAAACUCUUACAGGACCCUCUCCAAUAUUUUUCAAACUGCUGAUUAGAUAAUUUAAAUACAGUAAACUCCCUAUUAUCCGUGGGCGGAUGAUCCGCGGUGCGGAUUAUCUGCGCAUGCUGAGAAAAAAUACAUAACGUAUGAAAAUCUGGAUUUUAUUACAAGUGGGCAAAUUUGAACUCUACUGACGAGUGAAUUGUGUGCAGUAUACAGUAAAACGCCACAGGCCUUCUCGGAACUCUUGCAGUAGGCUGGCAUGCAUUGCUAUUUUUGUCUCUGU